CGCACAAUAACAUGUCAAUAACAUAACAUCUAUUUGGAAAAGAAACCUUUAAAUUGUGAAAAUCUUGAAAUGCGAUACAGAAGCCACUGGAUGAAAAAUAAACUCCUAAUUUUUGUUUUAAAAUGGCGUCUUCAGCCUCACAGGUGAGACAGAAAUUGCUUGAAAAACUGUUAGACUGCGUUAAAAAAUGUCAGGUUAGAUACGGAGGACGGACUGAGCUUGCUACCGGAGAAGAGGAAACUAUUGUUGAGCUCUGUAGACAAUUGGAGCUGGUCCUGAACCAUGGACUCAGAGAUCAGGAUACUAACUUGGGUCUAGCUGUCAUCAGAAAUGUUCGUGAUUUGGUGGGAGGAGGAGAGGUGGCAGGACGUAACCUCUGGAAUCUACUGAAGAGUUUAUUAAACUCUCAUGAACAGCAGAGGUUUAUGCUCCUCAGUAAGAUUAGCACUGAUCUAGGCAGAGGCAGAGCUUGGAUUAGGUCAAGUUUGAAUGAGCAGAGCUUAGAACGGUUUCUUCUCUCUCUUCUCCGAGAAAAGCAGAAACUAAACCAGAUAUAUGAAGAAUGGGCAUUUUUGAGGGAUGAUGAAAGAUCAGUUUUACUUCCAAGUAUGGCGGCUGGUUUAACAUCUGUGAGAUUUGCAAUCAGAAUUGAUGAUCCCGAACUGAAUGGGGAAUUAGAGAGCGUUCCUCAGGUUUUCUCUAACUCUCUCUCCUCUCUUCUCCCCGUUCUUAAACCAUCCCAAUCUACAAAGGAUCCAAGCCAAGAGAUCGCACAAGGAUCGAAGACUGAUCAAGUUAUCACAACAUCUAAAAGUCGGUCCAAAGUGAAGAAGAAAGUAAAAAGUUCUUCACAAGUUAUAUCAUUUGAGGACUCUAUAUCGACCCCAGAGCUUGGAGAGGAGGCUAUUCCCGAGUCUCCUUUCUCUCCCUUCUCUUCACAACCGACGGACGAUUCGUUUCUAUUCAGCCGGAAACAAGAGGAGCCUGAGGAGGAUUUUAGCUCGGUUCCAAGUCGAAAUAGUAGAUCACCGAAACGGACUGAUUCCUUUAGUUCAGCAGUUUCAAGUGCAUCGGAGCAGACUCGGGAGCGUGUUCAAAGUAUGGAUCUCUACUACGACCCUGUCAGGUUGAAGACGGAGAAGCAGGACACGGAACCAGAUGAUAUUGAUAUAUAUAAUCAACCUUAUAGAACGGAAGAAAGUGAAGACAAUCCAAUAAAAUUUUUAGAUGCCCUUACUCCUGUAACUAAUAAGGACGUGGGAGCUCUGUUCCCUGUUCAUCCCGGAGAUUUAUCCCGGUCCUCUCCCCCGACUAUGCAGCAGGAUGAGUUCGAUUACACUCCUACUUCUAAUCCACUAGAUACAAACUCAUUUAAUGGAAUGCCAAACUUAAAGCUCUCAGUUAAUAAUGAUAAUAUUAGUAAUGUUAGCUCCUGCAGUGGAGAGAGUGAUCGGAGUAAUAAGAGUUUGGGGACAGAGGAACUCAGGAAAGCGCUUUUAUCUGUAAUGGAGAAAAAGGAAGAACUAGAACAGCAACUUAAAACUUUAAGGUCCUCCCUUGAGAGUGAAGCAGUGUCCAACCGAGAAAUAAAAACAGAAUUAGAAAAUCUGAAUUUAAAGAAACAGGAACAGGUUGAAAAGCUGGAAAGUAGGAACAGCGUCCUCUCUCGUGAGAACGAACUCCUCAAACAUCAGCUCAAGAAAUAUGUCGGAGCUGUUCAAAAACUUAGAGACGGACCUCAGGCCUACGAGACCCUGGCUAGGCUGGAGAGCCAGAACGAGAGCAGCGAGAUUAACAACAAGUACGUGGAUUAUCACUUCGAGGCCAGCGAGUACGAAAAGAAGUUGAUCCAGGUAGCUGAGAUGCACGGAGAACUACUUGAAUUUAAUGAAUGUCUGCAGAGAGGAGUACAGAGCCGUGAUGGUGUAAUAAACCGGCUCCGUCAUGAACUAGUUCUGCUCCGUGGUCCCCUACCUGAGGACCAGGAGAACUGGGAUACAUCUAGUCUAGCCAGCUCAGAGAUUAGUGUUGGCAACAGUCGGGUUCUUGUUAAUAUUUGGAUACCUUCGGUGUUUCUUACUGGAGAGGGUUCAAACCGUCAUCAUGUUUAUCAGGUUUAUAUUAGGAUCAGAGAUAGUGAAUGGAAUAUCUACAGAAGAUAUAAUCAGUUCCUUGAAUUCCAUUUACAAACACGGAGAACUGAUCCUGUAGUCUCAUCCUUUAACUUUCCACCAAAGAAAACUGUUGGGAACAGAUCCGAGAGGUUUGUUGAGAGUCGGAGAAAGCAGUUGCAAGCCUAUCUCAGAACUAUUGUCAACUAUUUGGUGAGUACCGACUCCUCUUUAUCUAGUUCUCCGGAGAAAGAAACCCUGAUCCGUCUCAUUCCAUUCUUCUCCGAUACUCCGUCCCCGGAUACUCAGCCAUCCCGUCCCUCUCUCCUCUCCAGGCGGAGCAGGGAAUCUAUUAACCGACUCAAUCUAUGAUUCAGAUUAAAAAUUAUUUAUUUAAAGAUGAAACCCUGGUGAAAAUGGGAAUAAUAUCCAGACCAAAAAUAAUAUUUAUCAUUUAAUUACAAUGAAAUAUAAAUAUAAAUAAAAGAAUAUUAACUACA